UGGCCGCCGCGGGGCCCCUCGGUGCCGCCCCGCCUCGCCGGCCCUCGUGUGCCCUGGAGGCGGCGGCCUCCCUGCUCGGUUGACUUAGCCCCGGCGGAGUUGUCACACCUCUUGGUGCCCCCGGCUUGGAAGAUGAUUAGCGUUCCGUCGUGGAUGUCCCUGCUCCCACAACCCCGUCCUCACGCCCCCAUCGGGUUGGAACACCCCUCUGUGCACCGAAAUAGCGAACACAGUCCUGACUGCGCUGUGGCCUUUCUUCCCACCCAAAUGCCAAGCUCCCUGAGAGCGGGGCCAUGCUGGGCUUGGUCUCCUCUAGCUCCCGCAGCGUGAAGGCAUGGCACCAGGUGGGCAGUGUUGAAAGCCCUGAGUCAGGGACCCCUGAGCAGCUUGCACUUCACUCAUUGAAUCCUUGCUUUGGCGACCAAGGGCACUGGGUGGAAUUCAUGCAACCUGAUUUAAACUCCAGGCAGUGUCCUAGGAGUGACUUCCCCGAGCUUCUGUUUCCUCAACUGUAAAAUAAAAUAAUUGGAUCUAUGCCACAAAAACAGGAUUUAAGGUCACAGCCCACUGGAAUUCUUAGACUAAAGCUGGCCCUGACGAGGGUUCAGUGCAUCUUACUGGUAUUGCCUAAAGAAAACGAGAGUUUGGCACUGAAGGUUUUCUAGCACUUGUGGGACCAGCGGCUCUGGCCUGGCCUGGGAGCUUGUCAGCAAUGCUGAGUGCCAGGCCCCUCCCUCACCUGCUGAAUGAGAAUGUAAAUGGUUGUCGGACCCCUGGUGGCACAAGGGGAUCCCAGCGACAAGACUGACAUCGGGCUACCUCCUCCGAAGGCCAGCCGGACCCAACAGCUGCUAGAGCGCAAACAGGUCCUCCGAGAGCUUCGGGCCAGUGUGGAGGAGGAGCGGGCCGCCCGCCUUCGGACAGCGAGCAUCCCCCUGGAGGCCGUGCGGGCCGAGUGGGACAGGACCUGCGGCCCCUACCACAAGCAGCGCCUGGCGGAGUACAACGGCCUCUACCGAGACCUGUUCCGCGGUGCCACCUUUGUGCCCCGAGUGGCCCUGCACGUAGCCUACGCCGUGGGGGAGGACGAAGUGAUGCCUGUGUACCAGGGCAAUGAGGUCACGCCCGCUGAGGCGGCCCGGGCCCCAGAGGUGACCUAUGACGCAGACCAGGGCUCCCUGUGGACACUGCUGCUCACCAACUUGGAUGGACACCUGCUGGAGCCGGAUGCUGAAUACGUCCACUGGCUGGUAACCAACAUCCCGGGCGGCCAGGUGGCUGGAGGACAGGAGGCAUGUCCCUACCUACCCCCCUUCCCUGCCCGAGGCUCUGGCUUCCACCGCUUCGUCUUUUUACUCUUCAAGCAGCACAAGCCCAUCGAUUUCUCCGGGGAUACCCGGCCCUCACCCUGCUACCAGCUGGCCCAGCGAACCUUCCGAACUUUCGAUUUCUAUAAGAAACACCAGGAAGCCAUGACUCCAGCCGGCCUGGCCUUCUUCCAGUGCCGCUGGGAUGAGUCAGUCACCCGCGUCUUCCAUCAGCUUCUGGACAUGCCGGAGCCUGUGUUUGAAUUUGUGCGGCCGCCGCCUUACCACCCCAAGCAGAAGCGCUUCCCCCACCUACAGCCCCUGCGCUACCUGGACCGGUACAGGGACAGUCACGAGCCCACCUAUGGGAUCUACUGAGCGGCGGGGCCUCCCGAGGCCCCCACCACCCGCAGGCUCCCCCGCCAGUCCCACCUGAGGACUGGCGGCAGCAGGGUGGGGUGUGAAUAAAGGUGAUAGAGGUGGUUUC